AUGUCCGCAGACGAUGCCAAGACUCUCGCCAACGAUGGCUUUUCUGAGGGAGAUGAUAAGGCCUUGCCCACUAUGCAAGAAUGGGCCCUGAAGCCCGAUGUUGUCAAAUUCCACGAGAGAGAUCAAGCCUCCGGCUUCCCACGCCGUGAACUCGGCGUCACCUGGACGGAUCUGACGGUCAAGGCAAGAAGCGCCGAGUCGGCUCUGCACGAAAAUGUCGUGUCACAAUUCAACAUUCCCAGAAUCAUCCGCGACUCUCGACGCGAGACGCCUCUCAAAACAAUAUUGGACGCUUCGCAUGGCUGUGUAAAGCCGGGUGAGAUGUUGCUCGUCCUCGGCCGCCCCGGAUCCGGAUGCACCACAUUGCUCAACCUCCUGACCAACAAACGAAGGGGCUACGAGCAUAUAUCCGGAGACGUCUUCUACGGAUCCAUGAAGGCCAGUGAUGCAAAAAAGUAUAGAGGCCAGAUUAUCAUGAACACAGAAGAGGAAGUCUUCUUCCCUACACUCUCCGUGGGCCAAUGCAUGGACUUUGCAACCCGGCUCAAAACACCAUUCCAGCUGCCCAACGGGGUAAGCAGCAAGGAGGAAUACCGUACCGAGACCAAGGAUUUCCUAUUAAAGUCCAUGGGCAUCGAGCACACAUUCGACACAAAGGUUGGCGAUGCAUAUGUGCGUGGCGUUUCCGGUGGUGAGAGAAAGCGCGUUUCCAUCAUCGAGUGCCUUGCCUCCAGGGGGAGCGUGUUUUGCUGGGACAAUUCGACCAGAGGCCUGGAUGCCAGCACUGCUCUAGAAUAUACCAAGGCGAUUCGUGCCAUGACAGACGUCCUCGGCCUCGCAUCCAUUGUCACCCUGUACCAGGCCGGCAACGGCAUUUACAACCUCUUUGACAAGGUGUUGGUCCUGGACGAAGGCAAGGAGAUCUACUACGGACCAAUGAGCGAGGCACGGCCUUUUAUGGAGGACCUGGGCUUCAUCUGCGACGACGGCGCCAAUGUUGCCGACUUCUUGACCGGAGUCACCGUCCCAACCGAGCGCAAGAUCCGCGAUGACAUGCGCCACAAGUUUCCCCGGACGGCGGCCGACAUCCGCGCUCGGUAUGAAGAGACGCAAAUCUACCGCCGGAUGCAAGCCGAGUACGACUUUCCCGCUUCCGCCACCGCAAAGGAGAAGACGGAGCUGUUUCACCAGGCAAUCCACAUGAACAAGGAAAAGGGGCUGCCCAAGAACAGUCCCAUGACGGUUGGCUUUGUUCAGCAGGUCAGGGCCUGCAUUAUCCGGCAGUACCAGAUCCUCUGGGGAGACAAGGCCACGUUCAUAAUCAAGCAGGUCUCUACCAUUGUACAGGCUCUCAUCGCCGGAUCCUUGUUUUACAACGCGCCGUCAACCUCGGCGGGCUUGUUCAUCAAGUCGGGCGCGUGUUUCUUUGCCUUGCUAUUCAACAGUCUAUUGUCCAUGUCGGAGGUUACCGAGUCGUUUGUCGGGCGGCCGGUUCUUCUCAAGCACAAGGCCUUUGCAUUCUUUCACCCUGCGGCCUUUUGUAUUGCGCAGAUUGCCGCCGAUGUGCCCGUCAUUCUCUUCCAGGUCUCCGUCUUCUCCUUGAUCCUGUACUUUAUGGUUGGUCUGACCAUGGACGCUGGCAUCUUUUUCACUUUCUGGAUUAUUGUGGUUGCAACUACCUUUUGCAUGACAGCCUUGUUCAGAUCCAUCGGCGCCGCGUUCAGCACGUUUGAUGCGGCCUCAAAGGUUUCCGGGCUCCUCAUCAGCGCGUGCUUCAUGUACACGGGAUACAUGAUUCAGAAGCCACAAAUGCACCCCUGGUUCGUGUGGCUCUUCUGGAUCGAUCCUCUGGCAUAUGCAUUCGACGCUCUCCUGUCAAACGAAUUUCACGGGAAAAGGAUUGAUUGCGUCGCCAACAACCUCAUCCCGAGCGGCCCCGGCUUCACCAGUAGCGAGCAUCAAGCGUGCGCUGGCGUCGGCGGAGCUGUCCCCGGCCAGACUUUUGUGGAUGGCGACGCUUACCUCGCAUCACUGUCAUAUAGCCAUGCCCACAUGUGGCGAAACUUUGGCAUCGUCUGGGCGUGGUGGGCGCUCUACGUCUUCAUCACCAUCGUGGCCACGAGCCGGUGGCGCUCAUCCUCAGAAGCUGGCCCGAGUCUCUUCAUCCCCAGAGACACUGCCAAGGCGUACAAGGCCGGCCAGAAAAAGAGAGAAAAAGAUGAGGAGGGCCAGAGAGGAGUCUCAGACGCCGUUGUCUCUAGCGCAUCCUCGGGCAACUUCAUGAGCGACGAAAGAACAGAGGCAGGAGAGGAGGCGCCGGCCAAUCUUGUGCGGAAUACUUCCGUCUUUACUUGGAAGAACCUGUCAUAUACCGUCAAAACGCCACCUGGCGAUCGACUCCUUUUGGACAAUGUGCAGGGCUGGGUCAAACCCGGAAACCUCACCGCUCUGAUGGGCUCCUCUGGGGCGGGAAAGACGACGCUGCUGGAUGUCUUGGCCCAGAGGAAGACGGAGGGGACGAUCCAUGGAUCCAUCUUGGUCGACGGAAGACCACUUCCGGUAUCCUUUCAGCGGUCUGCGGGCUACUGCGAACAGCUCGAUGUGCACGAAUCCCACGCGACUGUCCGUGAGGCGCUGCAGUUUUCUGCUCUGCUUCGACAGAGCCGCGAGACUCCGCGAAGAGAGAAACUUGCCUACGUGGACACCAUCAUCGACCUCCUCGAGCUUCAUGACUUGGCAGACACACUCAUCGGUGAGGUCGGCGCGGGCUUGAGCGUCGAGCAGCGAAAGCGCGUGACUAUUGGUGUCGAGCUUGUCGCCAAGCCUAGUAUCCUGCUCUUCUUGGACGAGCCUACAUCCGGCCUCGACGGACAAUCUGCGUAUCACACGGUUCGUUUCCUGCGUAAGCUAGCCGCGGUCGGUCAGGCGGUGCUGGUCACGAUCCAUCAGCCUUCUGCACAGCUCUUUGCCCAGUUCGACACGCUCUUGCUUCUUGCCAAGGGCGGCAAAACCGUCUAUUUUGGCGACAUUGGCGAGCAAGCCUCUGUUAUCAAGGAGUAUUUCGGCCGAUAUGGCGCCCCCUGCCCUCCCGGGGCCAACCCGGCCGAACACAUGAUUGACGUCGUCUCUGGCGUGCUCUCUCAGGGCAAGAACUGGAGCGACAUAUGGCUUGCCUCGCCAGAAUACGAAAAGAUGACGGCCGAGUUGGACGAGAUUGUUGAGCGUGCUGCCGCGUCUCCCCCCGGAACCGUCGACGACGGCCACGAGUUUGCCACGCCCAUGUGGGAGCAGAUCAAGUUGGUGACGCACCGAAUGAACGUAUCGCUAUACCGCAACACCGACUACGUGAAUAACAAGUUCGCAUUGCACAUCUUCUCCGCUCUCUUUAACGGCUUCUCCUUUUGGAUGACGGGCGACUCUGUGGGCGACCUGCAACUGAAGCUCUUCACCAUCUUCAACUUCAUCUUCGUGGCCCCGGGCGUCUUGGCCCAGCUGCAGCCGCUCUUUAUCCACCGCCGUGGCAUCUUUGAGGCUCGCGAGAAGAAAUCCAAAAUGUAUUCGUGGGUGGCCUUUGUCACCGGCCUGAUUGUUUCCGAAGUGCCGUACCUCGUCAUCUGCGGCGUGCUGUACUUUGUAUGCUGGUACUACACCGUCGGCUUCCCGGCGAGCUCUGAGCGCGCCGGCGCGACCUUCUUCGUCAUUCUCAUGUACGAAUUCUUGUACACGGGCAUGGGACAAUUCAUUGCCGCCUACGCUCCGAACGAGGUCUCCGCCACGCUGGUGAAUCCGCUCAUUCUCGGAACUCUCGUCUCGUUCUGCGGCGUCUUGGUGCCGUAUUCGCAGAUCCAGCCCUUUUGGAGGUACUGGAUGUACUACCUCAAUCCUUUCAACUAUCUCAUGGGCAGCUUGCUGGUGUUUGAUCUCUGGGGGAGCAAGGUUACUUGCUCGCCGAGGGAGCUCGCCACCUUUGACCCAGCCAACGGGACGACUUGCGGAGAGUACCUCAAAGAUUACCUCGCACAGGGAGCAGGUAGCGUUGCUAACCUUCUCAAUCCGGAAGCAACGGCUUCUUGCAAAGUAUGUUCGUAUACCGAGGCACAGGAUUACCUGAGGACGCUCAACUUGAAGGAAUACUAUUACGGGUGGCGAGAUGCGGCUAUUGUAGUCCUCAUGGUGUUUAGCUCGUAUGCCUUGGUGUACGCCUUGAUGAAGCUGAGGACAAAGACUUCAAAAAAGGCAGAGUAG